AUGCAGAGCAGCCCACACAACCAGUUCACCUUCAGACCCCUCCCGCCGCCACCGCCACCUCCUCAUGCCUGCACCUGUGCCAGGAAGCCGCCCCCUACAGCGGACUCUCUUCAGAGGAGGUCCAUGACUACCCGCAGCCAGCCCAGCCCAGCUGCUCCAGCUCCUCCAACCAGUACACAGGAUUCGGUUCAUCUGCAUAACACCUGGGUUUUGAACAGCAACAUACCAUUGGAGACCAGACACUUCCUGUUUAAACAUGGAUCUGGUUCCUCUGCUAUCUUCAGUGCAACCAGUCAGAACUACCCUCUGACAUCCAAUACUGUGUACUCGCCGCCUCCCAGGCCACUUCCUCGAAGCACCUUCUCCAGACCUGCCUUUACCUUUAACAAACCUUAUAGGUGCUGCAAUUGGAAGUGUACAGCCUUGAGUGCCACUGCAAUCACCGUGACUUUGGCCUUGUUACUGGCCUACGUGAUUGCAGUACAUUUGUUCGGCCUGACUUGGCAGUUGCAACCAGUUGAAGGACAGCUCUAUGAAAAUGGAGUUAGCAAAGGGAACAGAGGGACCGAAUCCAUGGAUACUACUUACUCUCCAAUUGGAGGAAAAGUUUCCGAUAAAUCAGAGAAAAAAGUAUUUCAGAAGGGACGAGCAAUAGACACUGGAGAAGUUGACAUUGGUGCACAGGUCAUGCAGACCAUUCCUCCUGGCUUAUUCUGGCGUUUCCAGAUUACUAUCCACCAUCCAAUAUAUCUGAAAUUCAAUAUUUCUUUAGCCAAGGACUCUCUGCUGGGAAUUUAUGGCAGAAGAAACAUUCCACCUACACAUACCCAGUUUGAUUUCGUAAAGCUCAUGGAUGGAAAGCAACUGGUGAAGCAAGACUCCAAGGGCUCUGACGAUAGCCAGCAUUCCCCUCGGAACCUGAUCUUAACCUCACUGCAGGAGACAGGCUUCAUAGAGUACAUGGACCAAGGGCCUUGGUAUCUGGCAUUUUACAAUGAUGGCAAAAAGAUGGAACAAGUAUUUGUGUUAACUACAGCAAUUGAAAUAAUGGAUGACUGUUCGACUAAUUGCAAUGGAAAUGGAGAGUGUAUCUCUGGCCAUUGCCAUUGUUUCCCAGGAUUCCUUGGGCCUGACUGUGCUAGAGAUUCGUGCCCUGUGCUAUGUGGUGGGAAUGGAGAAUACGAGAAAGGACACUGUGUCUGCCGAAAUGGCUGGAAGGGGCCAGAGUGCGAUGUUCCAGAAGAACAAUGCAUUGACCCAACGUGCUUUGGUCAUGGCACCUGCAUCAUGGGAGUCUGCAUCUGUGUGCCAGGAUACAAAGGAGAAAUAUGCGAGGAAGAGGACUGCUUAGACCCCAUGUGUUCCAGCCAUGGCAUCUGUGUGAAAGGAGAAUGUCACUGUUCUACUGGUUGGGGUGGAAUCAGUUGUGAAACUCCACUUCCUAUAUGUCAAGAGCAGUGCUCAGGACAUGGCACUUUUAUUCUGGACACUGGAAUGUGCAGCUGUGACCCCAAGUGGACAGGAUCUGACUGCUCAACAGAGCUCUGUACCAUGGAAUGUGGUAGCCAUGGAGUCUGCUCAAGGGGAAUUUGUCAAUGCGAAGAAGGCUGGGUAGGACCAACAUGUGAAGAACGUUCCUGUCAUUCUCACUGUGCUGAGCAUGGCCAAUGCAAAGAUGGAAAAUGUGAGUGUAGCCCUGGAUGGGAGGGCGACCACUGCACAAUUGCUCACUACUUAGAUGCUGUUCGAGAUGGCUGCCCGGGGCUCUGCUUUGGAAAUGGGCGAUGUACCCUGGAUCAAAAUGGUUGGCACUGUGUGUGUCAGGUGGGUUGGAGUGGGACAGGCUGCAAUGUUGUCAUGGAAAUGCUUUGUGGAGAUAACUUGGACAAUGAUGGAGAUGGUUUGACGGACUGUGUGGACCCUGAUUGUUGUCAACAAAGCAACUGUUAUAUAAGUCCUCUCUGUCAGGGCUCACCAGACCCUCUUGACCUCAUUCAGCAAAGCCAACCCCUAUUCUCUCAGCAUACUUCAAGACUCUUCUAUGAUCGAAUCAAAUUCCUCAUUGGCAAGGACAGUACUCAUGUCAUUCCUCCAGAGAUUUCAUUUGACAGCAGGCGUGCUUGUGUGAUUCGAGGCCAAGUGGUGGCAGUAGAUGGAACCCCUCUAGUAGGGGUGAAUGUUAGUUUCUUGCACCACAGUGAUUAUGGGUUUACCAUCAGCCGGCAAGAUGGAAGCUUUGACCUCGUUGCCAUCGGUGGUAUCUCUGUCACCUUAAUCUUUGAUCGUUCACCUUUCCUGUCUGAGAAGAGGACACUCUGGUUGCCUUGGAAUCAGUUUAUUGUGGUGGACAAAGUAACCAUGCGGAGAGUUGUAUCAGACCCACCAUCUUGCGAUAUCUCCAACUUUGUCAGCCCAAACCCUAUUGUGCUUCCUUCACCGCUCACAUCAUUUGGAGGGUCUUGUCCAGAGAGGGGAACUAUUGUUCCUGAGCUGCAGGUUGUACAGGAGGAGAUCCCCAUUCCUUCCAGCUUUGUGAGGCUGAGUUACCUGAGCAGCCGCACCCCCGGAUAUAAAACACUGCUACGGAUCCUUCUAACACAUUCAACCAUUCCCAUGGGGAUGGUUAAAGUACACCUCACAGUAGCUGUGGAGGGGCGACUCACCCACAAGUGGUUUCCUGCUGCAGCUAAUCUCGUCUACACAUUUGCUUGGAACAAGACAGACAUCUAUGGACAGAAGGUUUGGGGCCUGGCAGAGGCCUUGGUAUCUGUGGGAUAUGAAUAUGAAACCUGCCCUGACUUUAUUCUCUGGGAGAAAAGGACAGUCAUCUUACAAGGUUUCGAGAUGGAUGCUUCUAACCUAGGAGGCUGGUCAUUAAAUAAGCAUCAUAUUUUCAAUCCUCAAAGUGGAAUCAUACAUAAAGGGAACGGAGAAAAUAUCUUUAUUUCCCAGCAGCCCCCAGUCAUAUCAACUAUAAUGGGUAAUGGACACCAACGGAGUGUAGCCUGCACCAACUGCAAUGGCCCAGCCCACAACAACAAACUCUUUGCUCCUGUUGCUUUGGCUUCUGGCCCUGAUGGUAGUGUGUAUGUUGGCGACUUCAAUUUUGUAAGGCGAAUAUUCCCCUCAGGAAACUCUGUUGGUAUUUUGGAAUUAAGAAACAGAGACACCAGACAUAGCACAAGUCCUGCUCACAAAUACUAUCUGGCUAUGGACCCUAUGUCUGAAUCACUUUAUCUAUCAGACACCAAUACUCGAAAAGUCUACAAGUUGAAAUCUCUUGUGGAAACAAAAGAUCUGACUAAGAAUUUUGAAGUGGUGGCAGGAACAGGUGAUCAGUGCCUUCCGUUUGACCAGAGUCAUUGUGGAGAUGGUGGGAGAGCAUCGGAAGCUUCACUGAACAGCCCUCGAGGCAUCACAGUUGAUAGGCAUGGAUUCAUUUACUUUGUGGAUGGGACUAUGAUUCGGAAAAUUGAUGAGAAUGCUGUGAUCUCCACUGUAAUCGGCUCAAAUGGUCUGACUUCCACACAGCCACUGAGCUGUGACUCAGGAAUGGACAUCACUCAGGUGCGGUUAGAGUGGCCAACAGACCUUGCAGUCAAUCCCAUGGACAAUUCAUUGUAUGUCUUAGAUAACAAUAUUGUGCUGCAGAUUUCUGAGAACAGGCGCGUGCGGAUCAUUGCAGGGCGCCCCAUUCACUGCCAGGUGCCAGGUAUCGAUCAUUUCUUGGUCAGCAAGGUGGCAAUUCACUCCACUCUGGAGUCAGCGAGGGCCAUCAGCGUCUCACACAGCGGCCUGCUCUUCAUAGCUGAAACAGAUGAGAGGAAAGUAAACCGCAUUCAGCAAGUUACCACCAAUGGGGAGAUCUCCAUCAUGGCUGGUGCCCCCACUGACUGUGAUUGCAAAAUUGAUCCCAACUGUGACUGUUUUUCAGGUGAUGGUGGCUAUGCCAAAGAUGCAAAGAUGAAAGCCCCUUCCUCUUUAGCAGUGUCGCCUGAUGGCACCCUCUAUGUGGCUGACCUUGGGAACGUUCGAAUUCGAACCAUUAGUAGGAACCAAGCCCACCUGAAUGACAUGAACCUUUAUGAGAUUGCUUCACCUGCCGAUCAGGAACUCUACCAGUUCACCGUCAAUGGAACCCACCUGCACACCUUGAACUUGAUAACAAGGGACUAUGUGUAUAAUUUCACCUACAAUGCUGAAGGUGACUUGGGCGCCAUUACCAGUAGCAAUGGCAACUCUGUGCAUAUUCGCAGGGAUGCAGGCGGAAUGCCCCUUUGGCUUGUAGUGCCUGGCGGGCAGGUGUACUGGCUGACCAUAAGCAGCAAUGGAGUUCUGAAAAGAGUAUCAGCCCAAGGCUAUAACCUGGCCUUGAUGACCUAUCCAGGAAACACUGGGCUUCUGGCUACCAAAAGUAAUGAAAAUGGAUGGACAACCGUUUAUGAGUAUGACCUCGAGGGACAUCUGACCAAUGCAACAUUUCCCACUGGAGAAGUCAACAGCUUCCACAGUGACCUGGAGAAGCUGACAAAAGUGGAGCUGGAUACUUCCAACCAUGAAAAUGUCCUCAUGUCAACCAACUUGACAGCAACUACUACCAUCUAUAUUUUAAAACAAGAAAAUACCCAAAGUACAUAUCGAGUGAGUCCAGAUGGCUCCCUACGUGUCACCUUUGCCAGUGGGAUGGAGAUCAGCCUCAGCUCAGAGCCUCACAUCCUGGCCGGGGCGGUCAACCCCACCCUGGGCAAAUGCAACAUCUCACUGCCCGGAGAGCACAACGCAAACCUCAUCGAGUGGCGGCAGCGGAAGGAGCAAAACAAAGGCAAUGUUUCAGCUUUUGAAAGGAGACUGAGGGCCCAUAACAGAAACCUGCUGUCCAUAGAUUUCGAUCAUAUAACACGCACAGGAAAGAUCUAUGAUGACCAUCGGAAAUUCACCCUUCGAAUUCUUUAUGACCAAACUGGACGACCUGUUCUGUGGUCUCCUGUAAGCAGAUAUAAUGAAGUGAACAUCACGUAUUCACCUUCAGGACUGGUGACGUUUAUUCAAAGGGGGAUGUGGAAUGAAAAAAUGGAAUAUGACCAGAGUGGAAAAAUAAUUUCAAGAACUUGGGCUGAUGGGAAAAUUUGGAGCUAUACCUACUUAGAAAAGUCCGUGAUGCUUCUCUUACACAGCCAGCGGCGUUACAUCUUUGAGUAUGACCAAUCGGAUUGUCUGCUCUCGGUCACCAUGCCUAGUAUGGUGCGCCACAGCUUACAAACCAUGCUUUCAGUAAGCUACUACCGGAAUAUCUACACCCCACCGGACAGUAGCACUUCUUUUAUCCAAGACUAUAGUCGAGAUGGCCGACUGCUACAGACCCUGCAUGUGGGGACAGGGCGAAGAGUUUUAUACAAGUACACCAAGCAAGCAAGGCUGUCUGAGAUUCUCUAUGAUACCACUCAGGUCACAUUAACAUAUGAAGAGUCUUCUGGAGUGAUUAAGACAAUACACCUGAUGCAUGAUGGCUUCAUUUGCACAAUCAGAUACAGGCAAACAGGACCUCUUAUUGGACGCCAGAUUUUCCGAUUCAGUGAAGAAGGUCUUGUGAAUGCUCGGUUUGACUACAGCUACAACAACUUCCGCGUCACCAGCAUGCAAGCUGUGAUAAAUGAAACCCCUUUGCCUAUAGACCUGUACCGAUAUGUUGAUGUCUCUGGUAGAACAGAGCAGUUUGGAAAAUUUAGUGUGAUCAAUUAUGACUUAAAUCAGGUCAUAACUACUACAGUGAUGAAGCACACCAAAAUCUUCAGUGCCAAUGGCCAAGUUAUUGAAGUCCAAUAUGAAAUCCUAAAGGCAAUUGCCUACUGGAUGACUAUUCAAUAUGAUAAUAUGGGCCGAAUGGUAAUAUGUGAUAUAAGAGUAGGAGUAGAUGCCAAUAUAACAAGAUAUUUCUAUGAAUAUGAUGCUGAUGGACAACUUCAAACUGUUUCUGUAAAUGAUAAAACCCAGUGGCGUUAUAGUUAUGAUCUGAAUGGCAACAUCAACCUUUUAAGCCAUGGGAAUAGUGCUCGUCUUACUCCUCUCCGAUAUGACCUCCGGGAUCGCAUCACCAGACUAGGAGAAAUUCAGUAUAAAAUGGAUGAAGAUGGCUUUCUGAGGCAGAGGGGAAAUGAUAUCUUUGAAUAUAAUUCUAACGGUCUGCUGCAGAAAGCCUACAAUAAGGCUUCUGGCUGGAGUGUGCAGUAUUACUAUGACGGGCUUGGACGACGUGUUGCCAGUAAGUCCAGCCUAGGACAGCACCUCCAGUUCUUCUAUGCAGACCUUGCCAACCCCAUAAGAGUUACUCAUUUGUACAACCACACAAGCUCAGAGAUUACAUCCCUGUAUUAUGAUCUCCAAGGUCACCUUAUUGCCAUGGAGCUAAGCAGUGGUGAAGAAUAUUAUGUAGCCUGUGAUAAUACAGGCACCCCACUGGCUGUGUUCAGCAGUCGAGGUCAGGUGAUAAAAGAGAUAUUGUACACGCCCUAUGGAGAUAUCUAUCAUGACACUUACCCUGACUUUCAGGUCAUCAUUGGUUUUCAUGGAGGACUCUAUGAUUUCCUUACUAAAUUAGUGCACCUGGGGCAAAGGGAUUAUGAUGUUGUUGCUGGUAGAUGGACGACGCCUAAUCAUCACAUAUGGAAACAGUUGAACCUCCUUCCUAAACCAUUCAACCUCUACUCCUUUGAAAAUAACUACCCAGUUGGCAAAAUUCAAGAUGUUGCAAAGUAUACCACAGACAUUGGCAGUUGGUUGGAGCUAUUUGGUUUCCAGCUACACAAUGUACUACCUGGAUUUCCCAAACCAGAGUUAGAAAAUUUGGAAUUAACUUAUGAGCUUCUACAGCUUCAGACAAAAACUCAAGAGUGGGAUCCUGGAAAGACUAUCUUGGGUAUUCAGUGUGAGCUCCAGAAACAGCUCAGGAAUUUCAUCUCCUUGGACCAACUUCCCAUGACUCCCCGAUACAAUGAUGGGCGAUGCCUUGAAGGAGGGAAGCAACCAAGGUUCGCCUCUGUUCCUUCUGUUUUUGGAAAAGGUAUAAAAUUCGCCAUCAAGGAUGGCAUAGUGACAGCCGAUAUUAUAGGAGUAGCCAAUGAAGAUAGCAGGCGGCUUGCUGCCAUUCUCAAUAAUGCUCAUUACCUGGAAAACCUACAUUUUACCAUUGAUGGGAGGGACACUCACUACUUCAUUAAGCUUGGGUCUCUGGAGGAAGACCUGGUGCUCAUCGGUAACACUGGGGGGAGGCGGAUUCUAGAGAAUGGUGUCAAUGUCACUGUGUCCCAGAUGACUUCUGUGUUGAAUGGGAGGACUAGACGGUUUGCAGAUAUCCAGCUCCAGCACGGGGCUCUGUGCUUCAACAUCCGGUAUGGGACAACGGUGGAAGAGGAGAAGAAUCACGUGUUGGAGAUUGCCAGACAGCGCGCUGUGGCCCAGGCCUGGACUAAGGAACAAAGAAGGUUGCAAGAAGGGGAAGAGGGUAUUCGGGCGUGGACAGAGGGGGAAAAGCAGCAGCUUUUGAGCACCGGGAGGGUACAAGGUUAUGAUGGGUAUUUUGUUUUGUCUGUUGAGCAGUAUUUAGAACUCUCUGACAGUGCCAACAAUAUUCACUUUAUGAGACAGAGUGAAAUAGGCAGGAGGUAACAAAAAAAAUCUCUGCCUUUGCGUCACCAAAGACUGCCUGUUUUUAAAACAUAACACGGUUUAUUGUAUUGGUUUUCUAGAUCAGAACUCUGUAUAUGUAAAUAUGGAGGGAAAACAUAUCCAACUGCCUUUCAAUGUGACGGAAGAUGGUAUUUUAAUAUUGUUUAAACUCUUUAAGAAACGACAGAUUUUUAGUUCUCGUGUGGCAGUAUUCAAAAUAACACAAGUAGAACUGAAACAGCUAAAAACAAAAGGUUUUCAGAAAGCACCACUUUAAAUUUGUCGAGUCAUGCAUAUAUAU